AUGUCCACAGUGAUUGGUAAGCGCAAGCGUGCAAGGAAGGCAUGCAUACCUUGCCACCAGCGCAAGCGAAAAUGCGAUGGGGAGUACCCUUGCAGCACGUGCACCACCUACAGAUAUAACUGCAGGUACGACGACACUUCUAGCACUGCGGGCGAAGGCGAGCACGCUCCACUCUUGGCCAAGCAUAUAAUCAAUGGCGGCGGGAGUACUACGGCGAUUGGUGUCACCGCCAAAUCGCGCAGUCCCGACAGCCAAUCUCAGGUGAUGAGAGCUGCAGGAGCUGCCGGAGCUGACAGUUCAUCGUCAAAGAGCCCUGGCGUCGGGAGCGGGAUCUUUGACGUGCAGAAGUCUAGAUACACUGGAGCAUCGGCAGCCAUGGCUUUCCCGCACAUCCUGGGUGUGGCUCUUGGCUCUGAUAGCCCUCCAAAGAUCAACUCGUUCGCGUACAACUUCGGGAUUCGCCCUGAAGAGACUUCCAGCGCGCAUGGCUUCCUAGGGAAACUAAUUUCGGAGGACGACCUCGCCUUUUACUCAAAUGUGUAUUUCUCUUCAAUGGGGCCUAUCGGUGACUAUAUGGACCCAAGAAUUUACGCCCAGCGAUGUCGCGAUUAUUAUCAUGGCUCCAGCAGCAACGCGGUCCCAUUUAGCGCCAUAGCUGCCGGCGUCGCUGCUUUCGGGUCGUUCCUCUCCACAAACAGAUACUCGCGGGAGACUGAUUUGCUCCAGUACGCUAAAGCUAUCCUCGAUGAUCCUGGAUCUAUACGUAUGCUAUGCGUCGACCAUAUCAUCGCGUGGGGUAUGCGGUUAUUUUAUCUACGGGCCACAACCCGCCCUAGUCAUGCUUGGAUUGCAUCGUGCACUCUUAUGCACCUUUGUGAAGUGGUUGGAUUACAUGAAGAAGAGAAUAUUAAAAGGAUGGCGUUUGUCGCCGGCGCUGCUGUUGUUGGGCAUGAUGCGGACCGGCUUAGGCGAAUUUUCUGGAUCUCGUGGGCUGGGCAUCAUAUGCUAUCGUAUGAGUACGAUCGUUCAGCUGUAACGUUUGGGUCCGUGACUUGUCAGGCUAUUAUGCCGAUACUGGGGUCUGUUGCCGACCAGUUCGUGCAAAUAGUCCAAAUCAUCCCGUCGCCUAACUCGCCGUUCCAGCUUGAAAAUCAGCAUCUAACUCCGAGGGAGGAACUAUUUCAUCGUCUCACGGCAUUGAGUAAACUCCAAUUCACUCACCUGUUUCUAGUGGUGACUAAGGCGGACCUUGCGUUUUGUUUCUAUCGACGCAUUUAUCAGCUCAACACAGGCAUAACGGAUGAGAUAAUUCAACUCAUUAUCGAUUGUGGGAAUAGCGCAAUAGGAGCGGCUGAGCAGCUAAUCAACCACGGCCGUCUGUGGAACGUGAUAGGCAGUAUCUUCCAGUAUAUCUGUAUCUUGUUGGCUAUCGACACGCCGGCCUCUUCCGCUCACAUCCCUGCUGCCUUUAAGACGUUGGAAAAUCUUGUUAGGGCAACGGAAACAGUAUUGACCCGUCAGGCAUUGUCAAUAGCGCGGCAUCUUCUCAGCCUCCAUAUAGCAAGAAAGCGGAAAGAUCUUAUGCAGCUAGAAGCUAUAGAGUCGGGCUACGAAUCCUUCCAGGCGCAGCCGGGACCCGAACCCGAGACCAACGCCACUUUUCCGGACAUUGGCUGGGGUUUCGACUGGGAUCAGCUUCUCAUCGAGCCAUAUCUUUCGAUUUUCGGUCCCGACAUCCAGCUCUAG